AUGACCAAUUCGACCAUGACUGGACAGAAGAGGAGAAAGAAACGGGAGAAAUACGUGAUGCAGACGGUGUGGGAAGUGCUCCCUGAACAGGUAGUCUCGUCAAUAUCGACUAUGACCAUGCAAAUCUCACAGCGACAUGCGCUAAACGAGAAUUUCUACGGGAACUUCCUGGCUUAUUUUACCACAGCCGGCGAGGCAGGCGAUAUUCAGAACCGCCAGACGUGGUUACACCGGCUUCCGGAUUUUGCGGCCGAUGGGAGCAAUGGCGCGCUUGAACUCGCGGUACGGGCUACGGCCUCAACAUUCUCCUUCGCAAAAACAAGACAUCCCCCGCUCAUGCAGGACGCCCUCAAGCUUUAUGGGCGAUCGCUGAAUCAACACGUCCAUAUUUUGAAGACUAAGAAGAAAGUUACCUUGCAUACGGUUUCUACCUCCGUAAUGCUGAGUAUCUUCGAGGCGAUGAAUGCCACAACCGCGAGUGCGUACCGGCAGCAUAUCAGCGGUGCUGCUGAAUUAGUAAGAUUAGCCGGUCCAGGAGAGUGUUGUAACGGUGUGCUGUGCCAGCUGUUCUUUCACAUCAGGGUACAGAUGGCAUUUGUGUACCUCACAACUAAACAAGAAGACAAAUACAGCAUCUGUUCGGAGGAAGUGCUACGCGAAUCAUUGUCUUACUUCUACAAGUUUCCCGUUUUCCAGAGGCUGAUCAACCACAUUACCAGGCUGACAGCGCUGUAUUUACAGCUAGAGGACAAUGACAAUAGACGGACACCGGAUCUAAUGGAUCUGGAGGAAUACAUGCAGAUUAAGAGCGACGUCGAUGCGCUUUGGUUCGAAUACGAGCUAUCAGCCGAAGAGCAAGGCCAGUCCCUCUUCUGGGUAACACCCUCAGGUUCAACCGAAUACCGCGACGCGUAUACAGCGCUUUGCGUCGCCUACUUCGCGUCUGCACGUGCACUAUUCUCUAUACUGGCUCCAAGGCUUGCGGCGAGUUACCUCGACUUCACGGACCACUACCAACAGAUGAUAGACAUAGCGGAGUACCUAGGCGGACUCAAGAUUGGGUGCGCCUUCAUGAGGAUGGCCACACCACUUUAUCUUGUAGCCAUGCAUGCAAAUAAUAAAGAGCAAAGGGAGAUUGCGAUAGGGAUUUUUGAGGAAUGGAGGGUGGUUGGGCUGGGAGGAAUGAGCGCAUUAGCUUUGGAAAGCAUUUAUCGAAGGCAAGGGCUGGACAAAGGGGAAAUUGCUAUCCGUGUGCGAUGA